AUGGCUGGUUUGGUUUUGUGUGAACCAACAGAGCUUUACAACAUCUUGAAUCAGGUCACAAAACUGUCACGACUGACUGAACCCAACUAUCUCUGCCUAUUGGAUGUGCGUUCCAAACGGGAUUAUGACGAGAGCCACGUGAUUACAGCCCGUCGCGUGGAGAAGAAGGCGAGUGAGUAUCUUCUCCCGGAGUCUGUGGAUCUGGAGUGCGUGAGGUACUGCGUGGUGUAUGACCACAACACCAGCACCCUGGAGAUCGUCUUAAAAGAGGAAGAAGGUGACAACUGUGACGACGGGCCGGGACUGGUGCCUGGAGCUGCCGUCGAGUGUGGCAGAGCCCUGGCCAACCUCACCCGCCACCCCGUCUGCAUCCUGAGAGGAGGCUAUCAGGGCUUCUCGGCCAUGUACCACUUCUUCCGGACGCAGAAGAUCAUCUGGAUGCCACAGGAACUGGAUGCAUUUCAGCCCUACCCUGUUGAAAUAAUUCCAGGUAGAAUCUACCUGGGUAAUUUCAGGCAAGCCUGCGACCCGAAAAUUCAGAAAGAUUUGAAAAUCAAAGCACAUGUCAACGUCUCCAUGGAGGCAGGGCCAUUUUUUGUAGAUGACGCUGACAGCCUCCUGCACAUCAAGAUAGAAGAUUCCCCGGAAGCCAACCUUUCCCCCUUUUUAAGGCACCUCUGUCACUUUCUCGAACUUCACCUCCAGCUUGGCUCUGUCAUCCUGGUCUUUUCCACCCUGGGCAUCAGUCGCAGCUGUGCGGCCAUCUUGGCCUUCCUCAUGCACUGGAAUGAGCAGACCUUGAAGAAGUCCUGGGCCUACGUCAAGAAGUGUAAAACCAACAUGCGUCCAAACCGGGGCUUGGUGGCUCAGCUGUCAGAGUGGGAGAAGGUCGUCCUCGGAGACCGUGUCACAGACAUCUUGGAUCCACUCUACUGAUCUCCUCUGUGGCCCAGCUAUGGGUCCCGAAGAACCUCGCUUGGGGGCUUCUUGUGGGUACUGGGCCAGG